UUCACUUCUAUCAUAAGGACUUCAUGCGGUGCAAGAUCAUGGACAAGCAUCUUGCUUCCUUGGCUCCCACACACGUUGAGACCAAAUUCCUCAAGAUUAAUGCCGAGAAGGCCCCCUUCUUUGUGGGCAAGCUGCACGUAAAAAUCCUUCCCACUGUAAUCUUUUUCAAAGACAGCAUCGCGGAGGAGCGCCUGCAAGGCUUUGAAGGGCUGGCAGACGGACAACCCAAGGGGGAAGAAGAUGAGUUCCCGACGGCCAGAGUAGCAGCGCG